AUGGAGGGCGAUGUGCGUGUGCGUGCAGUGGUGAUGACACGUGACGACUCCAGUGGCGGCUGGGUGCCCCUUGGAGGUGGCGGCCUCAGUCAUGUGGUCAUAUGUAAGGGGCGGACCCGUGACGACCGGGGGCGGCGGGAACACAUCAUACGUGGAGAGCGGCUGCGAGACCGAGCACCGGUGCUGGAGUGUGCAGUGCAGAGGGGGCUGGUGUACAACAAGGUGAACCCCAUCUUCCAUCACUGGCGAGUGGAGGAGCGGAAGUUUGGCCUCACGUUCCAGAGUCCUGCCGACGCCAUCUCCUUUGAGAAGGGGCUGCAGGCCGUCAUCGACAAGCUGGACAGAGGCUCGGACUCGCCCUCGUCCUCCACGCCAGAAGAGGCCGACACCGAGGAUGACGGCCAAGCUUCCCAUACAGGAAGUGAGUCGUCCUCCAACAGCAGAAAGGAGAUGCUUCCCAAGCCCGGCACCAUCGUGACCAGCGAGUCGUCCUCCAGCUGCUUCGUGCUGUCGGAGGAGUUCAGCUUCGCGUCCGGCCACGCUGGCACCACGCAGACACCCGCUCAGAUCCACUCCAGGCCGGGACAGCUCUCACAAAUGUCGUCUGUGUUGAAUCCCCCUUCACCCCCACCGCCACCUCCUGCUCCACCGAGUCCUCCUUUGGGUGCCCCAGCCUCAUCCCCCCUCUCACCCACCAUCUCCCUGCUGGAGGAGGGGGACCUUCGCAGUGUGGACCCAUGCAAAGACCUGUGGGGCUCUAGAGGUUAUGGGGACUACCGACGGGCGGGGGCCACCAGGACUAUGGUCGGGGGGCUGACUGGGGGCGUGGUGGUCAGCGGUGGAGGGAGCCUGCAGGACAAGUCGGAGCUGUGCGUGGUUCGCUUUGAGAAGGACCUGGCCGGAGUGGGGACGGCCGCCUGCGAGGUGACAGUGUGCUUGGACAGUAAAGCGUCACAGCGUCUGUCCUCGUCCUCACCCACCUGUAUGUCCAUGCCCAACGCUGUGUCCGGCGUGUCCUCAGGUGCCGGCUCACCCCAGGAGACGUGCAAAGGCUCGCCCUCUCCGUGCUGCAUCCACGCCUCCCUGGCCACGCCCCGCUCGCGGACUCGUAAGCGAGGAGGAGGGGCAAGCAGCGGGGACCAGGGGGCCAUUUCCCCCGAUGACGACAGCCCCUGUCCUCAGGGGUCAUCGUCGUGCUCGUCUCGAUGUGUGUACUGCCGCUCGGUUUUCAUCGCUUCAGACAACGGGCGGGGCCGCUGCAGAGACGCCCCCGACCCGGCCAUGCACUGCCUGCGCCAGUGGACCUGUGUGUGGUGCGCAGAGAGUCUGCUCUACCACUGCAUGUCGGACUCUGAGGGAGAAUUCUGGGAGCCUUGCUCGUGUGAAGAGUCGAUGGGGGGCCACCCGCACCCCCUCUGCUGUGCCCGCUGGCUGGCCCUCCUGGCCCUGUCGCUCUUCGUGCCCUGCAUGUGCUGCUACCUGCCUCUGCGCGCCUGCCUGCGGUGCGGAGAGAGGUGCGGCUGCUGCGGGGGGAAGCACAAGGCGGUCCGAUGA